UGAAGUUUCCAAGGGUUUCUGCUAGAAAACCCAAACAACAUACCUUCUGCUAGGGAAGAUUGAAUGUUUGUCAACUUCAGAAGAUAUGUAAAAUGUACACGUUCUUUCUUCAGGAAAAAUGACCUUAUUUGAUGGCAAGACUUACAUGUCAUUUCUUCCUCUGUAGCAACAUUUGUUGCAUCAUUUCAAGACUGUGUUUUCUAUAAUCUGUACGUUGUUCAUGACAUUUUGUCAAAAAUGAAAUGUUUGCGAAUGCUCAGAAUGAAGCCCUUUUAUCAGAGAGCAACAGUUCGGUCGACUGGGAGUGUGAUGUCGAAUCGCGCAGCUGGUCAAGUUCUGCCAGUUGGUCUGACGAUGUGGAAGGAGAAGCGACAUCACGCUUACGGCAACAGUUACAAGACAUUGAAAAAGUUCUGUAUGGAGAAGCAUCGCCCAAAACUUUGCCCCUUCAUUUGCGACUCGAGGUUGCCCAGUGGCGGGCAACUUUCCCUCAUCUCCGAGUCUGUGGAGUCAAACCACCGAUCGGGCCCCGUACCUCAGAAGAAGAAGGACAAGAGGAAGUGUAUGCGAGCCACGGAGAGGGCACCGAAGAGGAGUUUCAGAGACAGAACAGUGACCUAAGUGAACUAAGGGAACAGUUAAAAGUUCAAGUGAUGAAAAAGUUACACACUAAAAUGAGGCCCGAAAUAUUGAACAAUUUGCAAAUCAAGACGACCAGGGAGACCAGUGCAUCCUCUGUGAGUUUAGUUCACCAUAGAGAACCAUUGUUGACUCAUCGCCAAUCUGCGCGCAAGGAAAGUAACCGAAAGCCACUGGCCAGUCCUGAGGCAGAGUUGGGAAGCAUAUUGAGGGUAUCACCACUGCCAAGACGAACUCCGGGUUCAAGAGGCAACGUGCAAACAGUUCGCUCAAAUGUUGUCCUGCCACCAAUUGAACAGCAGCCGCAGAGAGGACCAGCUUCAUCUCUCAGUGUUAUGGGUCGUCAAACAAGACUUGUUCAACAAAAAUCCAAAAUGUAUCGCUGAUAUGGAAUGGAAAGUGCAGUAGUUAUAUUAAUACUAAGAUACUGAGACUAUUUUUAUGCAGUUUCAAAGUUCAUGUGUAAAGUGUCAUGUUUUGAGCAGAUAGUUGGUUUGAUUCAAGUUAUGAGGUAAAUUAGAAAGCUAUUAAAAUUUGAAAUGUGAUUUAUUUUGUAAUUACAAAGACCAAAUGGGGAAGACUCAGCAAAAUGAAUAAUAAAAAUGAAGCGCUCUUUUACAAGCUUAA